CCUCACUCUCGCACCAGGCCUCGCAUUUCGGUCAUUCGUUUGCGUGCUCCUCCGCCUACGAACCCGGAACUCCGCUCAUUUCUGUCCUAUGGAGCCGGUGUCGUCGUCCUCCGCCUCUUCUCUUGUAUCCAAAGCCAAAACCGCUUUCCAUUCUGCUGCAGCCAGAGCAGAAAAGGUCCUUACAGAUAUCAAAGCCGAUCUGAAGCACGAUCGAGAAGUCGAGGGAGAUUCUCACAAGGCUCCGAAGAAGCUUUCGGAGCAUGAAUGCAAUGUCGCGGACAAAAGCCGAGCAGAUGAGUGUUACAAUGAAUUCAAGCGUUCAAGAUGGAAACCUCCACACUUGGGGAUAAAGCAAGAAUGGCAGCAUCGCUUGAAGAACAUAAAGAGAGGAAGAAAAGGUUUUGAAGAGAAGGAGAGACCUGAAAGCUUAACUCCAGAUAUUUUGGCACUUGAUGAAUAUCUGAAUCACAUGGACCAGGGUUUGGAGCAGGGCUCCAUUGGAGUAGAGGAUGCUUCAAUUGCUUCCAAUGUGGUUUCUGUUCCUCCAACAUCCAUUAUCAAACAGUUGGCAGUGGCUCUUGAGGCCGGGAAGAAGUUUAAGUCUCUAAAAGAUCUUCUGGCUUCAACCAGAGGUUCUUCACCUGUCAAAGAGAGGUCAGGCUUAAGUUUUUCUGCAGUGAAGUCAUUGGUGCUUCGUGAAAAGGAAGAGAAACCGGUUCCUGAGCCUGAUGACAAUGAGGAAGUCCUUUCUUUGAUCCAUUCUUUAUUUGAUGCAUGUAGAGAGGAACAUAUUCCCAAAAUGGAGAAUGGAUCUUGUUCAACAAUCCCUACAACGAUGUAUUUGCCAAGAGAUAUACAUGGCGCACCCCCAGAAAGCUUUGUUGUUCGGCUCUCUGAAAUCAUUGGAAGCUUAAAGAGCCCUCAGAGAAUGGCAUCAUUUUGGUACAAUGUUGUUGCCGAACUGAGAAGAUUGUGGUCUGAAGGGCAGCCAGUACCUCACGUGCCAUUGGAUGAAAUUCCAGACUUGAAUUAUUGUCUUCUGCAUCAGCGGUUGCAGGUUAUUAAUUGCUGUAUUGCCAGGAAAAGACGCCGCAUAAUCUCUGUUGAAUCAUUGGAUUCUGUAAUGAAAGAAACCAAUACAAACACCGAAGGGUCAGGCGUUUCUGUGUCCAACCAGUCCUCAAGUCCAAUCAUCUACGCUAGAACUAGCACUGGUGAUCUUGUUCUCCGACUUGGAGCUGAUCAUCCAUCUCGAAGUUUAACCAUGUUAGAAACUGAUGAAUCUGUGUACUCUCCAGUUACCCAGGAGGGCCCAAUUCUUACAGAAGACCUUAUCAGAGAAACAGAGGAGUUUGUGCUGCGAACAGGGAGUCUUGGUGCUGGCUGUUCUCAACUCCUCUCCGACAUGCAGGCUUUCAAGGCUGCAAAUCCUGGGUGCAUUUUAGAAGACUUUGUAAGAUGGCACUCACCACCAGAUUGGACAGAAGCCAAGUCAGACGAUGAGACUAAAGAUUCCUUUGAUGGGGGAGAGCCAUCAUCUAGAAAAGGUCAACUAAGUAGUAGAAUGCAAAAAGAAGGCAAUUUGUGGCGUGAACUAUGGGAAACAGCUAGACCGUUGCCUGCUGUUAAACAAACACCACUUUUUGAUGAGGAUUUAGCAGUGGAAAGCAUCUUAAAUGUUUUAGAAGACAUCUCACCUUCUGAGCUUUUUGAACAGCUAUUUGUUUCUGUACUAAGCUCAAGCUUCGCAAUUGCAGAAGCUGCGCUUCCUAGUAAUAGUGACUUAUCCAAGCUAUUCUAUGAUUGCAAAGACUACUUGAUCGCCAUAUGUCAGGGCGACUUGUGCAGUGACUACAUUGAUGAUCUCUGCCAGGUGUAUGAAACGGUAGAGACAAUUUUACUUGACCCAGAAGGCCUGACAGUCACAAAACCAUCUGAAGAAACAGUCGCUGAUGAACCUAGGCGCCGAUUUAUGAGAAUUAGCCUCAACUUUGCUGGUAAUGAUAAACAAAUUCCAUCCAAACCAGCCCCGAAAGAACAAAAGAAAUCAGACGAGCAACAAACACAUGUAUUCUCUCAGUUCUUUGAUGGGAAAUCGUCGCUAUUUGGCAAGAAGAUGCCAAAACCCAACAUGUCGGAGGCUGCUGCACCAUCAUGUCUGGAUGAUAAUGAUUGGACAAUAAUUGAUUAAAGUCGUUUGGAUGGAUAUUAUUUAUAAAAUAUUGUAUGAAAAUUGAGAUGUAAUCUGUAAAUAAUUGUCUGCCGGAAAUCUCAUUAGUUUGUUCAUUGA